CCCUGUCUUCUGGUUCUCUUGGGCUGACUGCCAUCUCUUCUUCGCAGAGCUGGAAAACGCUUGCCACCAGCCAUGUGCCCCUGCUGCAGCUGGAGGGAUAUAUGCAAAUAUGAGACCGCCAAGGUCAUUCGUGUUCAAAGCAUGACCUAUGGGACUAUAAGAUGGACCCUCUGUAUGAUAGUCUUCCUCUACGUUUGCUUGGCCUUGGUGAGUGACAAGCUGUAUCAGCGGAAAGAACCCCUCAUCAGCUCAGUGCAAACCAAAGUGAAAGGCAUAGCAGAGGUGAAGGAUGGGAACGCCAAGAUGAAAGUGAUGGACACAGCCGAUUACACGUUUCCUUUGCAGGGAAACUCAUUCUUUGUGAUGACUAACUUCAUAGCCACAGAAGGCCAGACACAAGGACUUUGUCCCGAGUACCCCACCCGUAGGACUCUCUGUUCCAAUGACUGGGGGUGUCAAAAAGGGAGGAAGGACCCACUGAGUAAAGGGAUUCAGACAGGAAAGUGUGUGCAGUACAAUGCAACCCGAAAGACCUGCGAGGUCUCUGCCUGGUGCCCCGUAGAACUAGAAAGAGAUCCUCCUCGGCCAGCUCUUCUAAUUAGUGCUGAAAACUUCACUGUGCUCAUUAAGAACAACAUUGAUUUCCCAGGCCACAACUAUACCACAAGAAACAUUUUACCAGGAGUCAAUAUUACUUGUACAUUUCAUAAGACUCGGAAUCCGCAGUGUCCAAUCUUCCGGCUAGGAGAUAUCUUCCAAGAAGUAGGAGAAAAUUUUUCUGACGUGGCCGUGCAGGGUGGAAUUAUGGGCAUUGAGAUCUACUGGGACUGCAACUUAGACCGGUGGUUCCAUUCCUGCCGUCCAAAGUAUAGUUUCCGUCGUCUUGAUGACAGAACCACCAUCGAGUCCUUGUAUCCCGGCAAUAACUUCAGAUUUGCCAGAUAUUAUAUGGAAGGAAAUACAGAAAAACGAAAUCUGAUCAAAGCUUUCGGAAUCCGGUUUGACAUUCUGGUCUUCGGCACAGGAGGAAAAUUUGACUUUAUCCAAGUGGUCGUGUACAUUGGAUCAACUCUCUCCUAUUUCGGUUUGGCCACAGUGUUCAUCGAUUUUCUCAUUGAUACGUACUCAAGUACCUGUUGCCGAUCUCGUGUUUAUCGCUGCUGUCCGGUCUGUGAGCCCUGUGGGGUCAAUGAGUACUACUACAGGAAGAAGUGUGAGACCAUUGAGGAGCCCAAACCGACUUUAAAGUAUGUGUCCUUUGUGGAUGAACCCUACAUUCGAAUGGUGGACCAGCAGUUGUUGGGGAAAAGUCUGCAAGAAAUGGAAGGUGAAGAGGUUCCAAGACCCCGAAGGGAUUUCACAGACUUGGCCAAGCUGUCCCCACCACCACACCCUGACUCCAGCCCCAGCCCUGCAGCCCCAGAAGAAAUGCAGCUUCUUAAAGGAAAGCCAAGGCUUCCAUCCCCAGCAAGGCCCAAGUGGUGCAGCUGUGGACAGUGCCGCCCAUCCCAACUGCCAGAAAGCAGCAAGGUCAUAGAGGAGCUCUGCUGCCGCAAGAAGGAGGGUCCCUGCAUCACCACCUCAGCCCUUUUUGAGGAGCUGGUCCUCUCCAGGGCCACCCUGCGCUUCAGCUUGCUCUACCAAGAGCCCUUGCUGGAGAUGGAUGCAGACGCCUUGAAUGACCAGCUCCGUCACUGUGCCUACAGGCGCUACGUUGACUGGCGCUUUGGCUCCGAGGACAUGGCCGCCUUUGCUAUUCUGCCCAGCUGCUGCCGGUGGAAGAUCCGGGAACGAUUUCCCAAGAAGGAUGGAAAGUACGCUGGCUUUAAGAACCCUUCCCCAUACACAUAUUUGAAUUAACAAAGCCACUAAAAUUGGUUCCUUUCAUCUUUAACCUUCUUGAGCUUCUGGGAGAAAGAUCUGAGAGGUCCACCUUGGAGUAUAGAAACCUCCUUUCUUGCCUUGAACCUCUGCAGGUAUAGGGAGGGAGCAGCCUGACCUAGGAGAAAGAAGUCUGGUGGAAAGCCUGAGCUCCCUCUAGGAAGGUAACUCCCCACCAGCCAGGCACUUAGCCUUAGUGCCUCAGUUUCUUCAUCUGGGAAAUUAUAACAAAAACCUGCCCUGCCAAUCCAAAGAGACCUUUUGAGGAUAAAAUAAGACUCUAUAAAUGAAAAUGUUUUGGAAAAGGUUAAAUGUGCCAUAAAAGCGUGCACUAUUGUUAUUCUGUAAGAAUAGGAAUGGUAACCAACACGGAGUCCGAAUAAUGUAGGUCUAAGUACUGAAUCCUGGGUUCAUAGAUUUAGAGACUAUCCUCCAGGUUAGAUCCUUUGAUUCCAUCUCUAGAAUGAAUGAAGGGAGAAGCAUUUAUUAAGCACUCACUGUGUGCUAAGUGCUAGGGAUACAAAUACCAGAAAAAAAGAGUUUUUGAGAAACUUACAUUCUAAUUAGGAAGACCACACAAAUCGGGAGUAGGAAAUGAAGGGACAUGCACGCACUGUGCCAGGGCUGGAAAUGGCCAGGAAGUAUGCCCUGUUCCAGGCAAAAUCAGGCAAAAGUUCACCUAUCUAAGCCUGGAAUUCUACAGGCGGAGUCUGAGUUUGGUAGAAGGGUGAUGAAGAAGAUGGUCAGGGUACAGGAGGCGUAAUUUGGAAAUGACUAGGAGGUAACCAACCAUCUCUCCUCUCUGUUCCCUCACCUCCACUCUCAUGGCCACCCCACCUCAUUUAGACCCUCAUCACCGUGCCCCUGGACUAUACCAAUAGCUUCUUAAUCAACCUCCAGUCUCUCUUCACUCCAAUCUAUACUCUACACAGUUAACAAUUUGAGAUUCUUAAAGUAUAGCUCUGAUCAUGUCAUUUCCCUCUAGGAUAGUGGUUUCCAAUUUUUUUUUGUUUUGUGAACCCCUUUUUUUAACAACAAAAAAUGGGUUGUGAGCCCCUGGGGUAAUUUAAUACAGUGCUCAUAAUACUCUUUACAAUUAUUUACUGCUUAAGUCAUGGAGCAUCAUUGCAAACUUCUAAGGUAUUCCCCAACUAUUCAAUGGAAACUACUGUCCUAGGAUCAUGUGUGAACUCCUCUGGCCUUUAAACCCUUCACAAUCGAUUUCAACCUAUCUUCCCAGAUUUAAUCUCUCUCUCUCUCUCUCUCUCUCAUCGGGGUUAAGUGACUUACCUAGGAUCACACAACUAAUAAGUCUG